AGCGGACUAUCCAGAGUUGUAUAUAAUAACUCAGUACCUCUCACACUACUCGACCAGAGUUUCGGGUCUUCACUGUCCUUCUCCUCCUAUCUUUUCUGCCUUCCAAUCUGCAAUCAGGUCCCUGUAAGUGGACCAAAUUAUGGUGACAAUGGAUAUGGAUAACAAGCUUUUCAGUGUGGGGCUGAUGAUUUUGGCCACUCUGGUGGUGGCCAAGCUGAUCUCAGCGCUUAUAAUGUCUCGAUCCGGGAAGCGUCUUCCUCCGGUGGUGAAUACGUGGCCUGUGUUGGGAGGACUGCUCCGGUUCUUGAAAGGCCCCAUUAUCAUGCUUCGUGAAGAGUACCCGAAGCUCGGGAGUGUGUUCACAUUGAAUCUGCUUAACAAGAAGAUCACUUUCUUGAUUGGUCCUGAGGUUUCUGCCCACUUCUUCAAGGCCUCGGAGGCUGAUCUUAGCCAGCAGGAGGUAUACCAGUUCAAUGUGCCCACUUUCGGCCCUGGAGUUGUGUUCGAUGUGGAUUACACGGUGAGACAGGAGCAGUUUAGGUUCUUCACGGAGGCUCUCAGGGUAAAUAAGCUUAAGGGAUAUGUGGAUCAGAUGGUUACAGAAGCAGAGGAUUACUUUUCCAAGUGGGGAGACAGUGGCGAGGUGGACUUAAAAUAUGAGCUGGAGCAUCUGAUCAUAUUGACCGCCAGCAGAUGCCUUUUGGGUCGAGAAGUUCGUAAUAAGCUCUUUGAUGAUGUUUCCGCAUUGUUCCAUGACCUUGACAAUGGCAUGCUUCCUAUCAGUGUCAUCUUCCCAUACCUUCCCAUCCCAGCUCACCGCCGCCGUGACCAGGCCCGAAAGAAGCUUUCAGAUAUCUUUGCAGAGAUCAUAAAUUCCCGUAAGCGUGCUGCACAGUCUGAGAAUGACAUGUUGCAAUGCUUCAUUGACUCAAAGUACAAAAAUGGCCGACCAACAACUGAAUCUGAGGUCACUGGCUUGCUCAUUGCUGCUCUCUUUGCUGGGCAACACACUAGCUCUAUCACUUCCACUUGGACCGGGGCCUAUCUCCUCCGUCACAAGGAGUUCUUAUCUGCUGUGUCAGAGGAGCAGAAAAACAUAAUGAAAAAGCAUGGAAAGAAGGUUGAUCAUGAUAUACUGGCAGAGAUGGAUGUCCUGUAUCGUUGCAUCAAGGAAGCUCUCAGAUUGCACCCUCCACUGAUCAUUCUGCUGCGAAGCUCGCAUAGUGAUUUCAGCGUAAAAACCCGCGAGGGGAAGGAGUAUGAUAUCCCGAAGGGGCACAUAGUAGCCGCGUCACCAUCUUUUGCCAACCGGCUUCCUCAUAUUUACAAGGAGCCAGACACCUACGAUCCUGAUAGAUUUGCUGCUGGGAGAGAAGAAGACAAGUCAGCAGGGGCAUUCUCAUACAUCUCGUUUGGAGGUGGCAGGCAUGGAUGCCUUGGUGAGCCUUUUGCAUACCUGCAAAUAAAGGCUAUAUGGAGCCACCUGCUAAGAAAUUUUGAACUGGAGCUGGUAUCGCCAUUUCCCGAGACGGAUUGGAAUGCCAUGGUUGUGGGUGUGAAAGGAAAGGUGAUGGUGCGGUACAAGCGUCGGGAGCUUUCAGUUGAAUAAUGGCAAUGACUUUUUGGGUGAUCUGCGGGUUUAAAUAAUUUGUUCUCUUAGGUUGUUUUCGGUCGUCGAUUUUCUUCCUCGUUUUGCAAUUAACUGUUGAUGAUUUGCACUUUUAUUAGAUUAUGGAUCUUGUUUAGUGCCAUUAAUUUAUGAUGAAGAUUGUAGCUCUUAACAGAACUUUGGAUUUACUUCAACUCUCCGGCUAGCCGUACUCGUUCGAAGUUCUCCUCAGCCCAAAAAAAGGGUUACAUGUAUACAAGAAAUUAAUGCACAAAUCCAGCUUAAAUUGUA